AUUUCUCAGCGUGUGUUCCUCUGACUGCUCUGAUGGCCGAGCUUGUGGGCAGCAUGGUGGUCGGGCCACUGCUGUCCCUGGUGAAGGAGAAGGCGUCCAGCUACCUCCUGGACCAGUACAAGGUGAUGGAGGGCAUGGAGGAGCAGCAUGAGAACCUCAAGGUCAUGCUGCCGGCCAUCCUGGAAAGGAUCACUGACGCAGAGAAGCAGGCAACCUACAGACAAGCAAUCAGACCCUGGCUUCAGAAGCUCAAGGUGGCGGCAUACGAGGCCAUCCAAGUCUUCGAUGAAUUCAACUAUGAGGCCCUCCGUCGUCAAGCCAAGAAAGAGGGGCGCUACAUCAAGCUCGGGAUGGGCAACCGCAUCAUGUUCCGUUACAGGAUGGGCAACAAGCUUUGCAAGAUUGUGCGCGAUAUUGAGGCCCUUGUCAAGCAGAUGCGCGACUUUCGGUUCGACAAACAGCCAUAAGCGCAGGUCCAGAUAAAUUAUCUGCGUGAGAAUGAC